GGCCGAUGUUCGGUAGGCGCAAAGUUGGCAUUUGGCAGGAGAAGCGAAGACGACAUAAAAGUUUCUCGAUGUCUCUGUGCAAAGUCGACUUCGAGCUCUUGAACGCUGACAGGAUUCCGCCUCCCCAAGGAUUGUUUAUCGGGCAUACGACGCAGUACGAUGUAUUAUCGAGUAGGAGUGGACGUUGGAGGCACCAAUACUGACGCUGCAAUUCUCGAUAUCAAGGCCCUUGACACGCCAUCCCGUGGCGUACUGGCCACAUGCAAGACAUCAACCACCACACACGUGACGCUUGGAAUCCAACGCGCUGUGAAAAGCGUCCUCCAGGAGUCAAAGGUCGACAGGAGCAAGGUGAUCAAUGUUGCCAUUGGGACCACCCACUUCGUCAACGCGGUGGUUGAAAACGAUGCUAGAAGGCUGAGUCGGGUGGCCGUCAUAAGGCUGUGUGGCCCAUACACCAAGAAGAUUCCCCCGUUCUCGGAUUUCCCUUAUGCAUUGCGAAACAUCAUCGAGGGCCCGCACUUCUACCUCGACGGCGGACUCGAGAUCGACGGGCGGGAGAUCGCGCCGCUCAAUCCUGCGCAGAUCAAACAGACAGCAUCCGAGAUCGUCAAGGCUGGCAUUCGGUAUGUCGCUGUCGUGGGGAUCUUCUCCGCCUUGGACCAUGCAGGUAUCCACGAAGAAAGAUGCAAGACUUUGCUGCAGGAAUUUCAGCCCGAGUUGUCUGUGGUGUGCUCCCAUUCCAUAGGCGGGCCAGGACUUCUGCCGCGUGAAAAUGCCACCAUCCUCAACGCAUCCAUUCUGGCGUUCGCUCGGAAGACCAUCAAGGGCUUCAGACUCGCCAUGUCGAAGCUCGACCUCUCGUGCCCGCUAUAUCUGACUCAGAACGACGGCACGCUUACCGAUGCCGCAGUUGCUGCUGAAUUGCCCAUCAAGACGUUCGCUAGUGGUCCGACAAACAGUCUCAUGGGAGCUGCGUUUCUUCAGGGGCUGGACCAUGGUGACAAGAGGAUGGCCGACAACCAAUACGUUGUUGUUGAUAUCGGAGGCACGACGACUGAUAUCUGCGCGUUGCUGCCGAGCGGGUUCCCCCGCCAGGCACCGAAUUUUGUCGAAGUUGGCGGAGUCCGUACUGCUUUCAGCAUGCCGGAAGUCUUCUCAAUCGGUCUCGGUGGCGGCAGUCGGGUCCGGCAGAGCAAGGACGGAAAGAGAGUAACGGUUGGGCCGGAUUCUGUGGCCCUCCGUCUGACAACGGACGCCAUGGUGUUUGGUGGGAAAGUCAUGACUGCAAGUGACAUUGUGGUUGCGAAUGGUGCAGCAAUCGUUGGACAACCGGAGAAGGUCAAAGACAUUCCUGAGGAAUUGAUCAAAGCUGCCAAAGCAGACAUCAAGAGACAGGUGGAAAAGGCCAUUGAUAAUAUGAAGGUAUCUUCGGCUCCAGUGUCGGUCCUGCUCGUGGGCGGAGGCUCCAUCAUCCUCACAGAAGGCUUGUACGGCGUGGCAGAAUGCCUCCGACCACCUCACCAUGAUUCAGCAAAUGCUGUCGGCGCCGCCAUCGCCAAAGUAGCUGGAGAGAUCGAUGUCAUUGAAGUUCUCGCAGGACGAGAUGAGGAUGCGGCGAUCGAGGCGGCCAAAACUGCGGCCAUCAAUGCUGCCAUAUCGAACGGGGCAGACGAAAGCACUAUCCAGAUUGCAGAACUGAAGAAGAUCCCUCUCCAAUAUGUUACGAACAAGGCGACUCGCUUUGUAAUCAAAGCCGUUGGAAACCUCCACGUGAAAGGGGGAGUUGCUCGUCACGCCCAGCAAAAUGGCUUCGUCAAUGGCGUCGACAUCGAAGAAGAUGUCGAAGCAGCUGUCGAAGAGGUCGAGAAAGCUGAGGUUGCUAAGGUCGAGCAUGGAAGCAUGGCCAAACCAGCCCUCGGAGUUGAUCUCACUCAGUACCGGCCAAAGGUUGAGAACGGCAUCUGGCACAUUUCCCCCGAAGAUGUGCAAUUAAUCGCCUCAGGCUGCGGUGUUCUCGGCACUGGCGGAGGAGGCUCAUCUUACCUCAUGGCGCUCUACACCUUGAAUCUCCUCCGCCAGGGCGCGGAAAUACGUGUCAUGCGCCCAGAGGAUCUCAAAGAUUCCGACAUCUGCGUCUUUGGCGCCGGGUACGGCGCACCUUCUGUUAGCGACGAGAGAGUGUCAUCAGGCGAAGACGUCUUCACAGCCAUUGAAGCAGUAAACACCAUCAUGGGUAUCACUGACUUUCAGGCAAUCGUGACCGACGAGAUUGGAGGCGGAAACGGUCUGGUCACCAUGCCUUCGAGUGCUCGUUAUCGAAGGCCCAUUGUGGAUUGCGACUUAAUGGGUCGCGCCUAUCCAACCCUUGAACAUGGAACCCCCUAUGUCUACGGUUUCCCAGUAUUACCGUAAGUUGCCUGAUUGUCUUGGAGGCAUAUUACACGCACACCCCCUAUUGAGGCUUCAGUGGAAUCUGCAUGCUCUCAGACUUUAUCAUGGCCUUGGGCCGGUCUGAUCUGCCGCCUGUAUUUCGAACUCUGCGAGGCUCUGCUGUGGCUGUGCUUGAGAAGGGCGCCUGCCCUGUGCGAAUCCUGUCCGCUCAGUCCUUUUCUCCGAGCUGGACUUCCCACCCAUGUCUCCUUCUCCCCCCCUUAUGGUCAAUGUGACCGUCGCUGACACCAUCUUUCAAUAUGUCCAGGGUCGCGACCGCCGAUUGCAAGGGGAACUCUUCCGUGGUCGUUGUAUGUGCCCUGCCCCCACGCCCCUUCAGUGUGACUGUCUUGUAUGCUAAGUCAAUCUAUCCCAGACCGCCGAAUCCAACAGAAUGGUCGAGAGCUUGAUCCGCAAUACGUGCAUCGUUUUAGGAAAUUCUACCGGGACUGCGGGAAGACCACUGAAUGGGAACGUUAUAAAAGAUUACACUGUGCCAAACACCAUCUCGCAAGCCUGGUAUCUGGGACGAGCGGUGCAUCUGGCCCGACAGACGAAACUCGAUUUCAUCAAGGCCAUCUCUACUAUAACACCAGUCACAGCCCUCUACACAGGCAAGAUCGUCGACGUAACGCGCGACGUGUCUCGCGGGUAUACCAUCGGAAGAGUCGUGAUAGCUCCGUUGAGCGCCGACGAGGCAGAAGACUCGGAGUCGUCGUCGAAAGUGGUGACGGCCGAAAAACGGCUUCUGGUCAUACCCUUCCAAAACGAGUAUCUGUCUGCAGCCUAUGUCGACGACGAGAAAGCGGAAGGCAAAGAGGACGUGAUAUGCACAGUCCCAGACCUGAUAUCCAUCUUGGGCCAAGACGGUGAGGCAUUAGGAUCGCCAGAGUUGCGCUACGGUCUCAAGGUCAGAGUGAUCGGUAUGCCAGCCCAUCCGCUCUGGACGUCAACUCCAGAAGGACUAAAGGUUGGAGGCCCGGAGUUCUUUGGCUUAAACACCGAAUUCAAGAGUAUUGGCGAGUAUCAACGUCCGCGAAGUGUCAUCGAGGAAUUCGACACGUCAAAAGAACCAUAGACAUAGUUUUGGAAAACAGCAUAGCGACACGGGUACGUCUGAAAUACAGGAUUUAUUGCGACUCGGCUCAAUCAUUGUGUGUAUU